UUUAACUGAGCACUUCCUCCAACAACCCCCGGGUUUCUUAACAGCCUCCCUAGCCGUUUCCUUCUCCCCAGCUGUGCUGCACUCCUCUGAUGCGUUCCUCCCAGCUAUGAUUUCGACGUCUCCCGACCCUCCCUGUGGGGCCCCGGCUCUUGGCCUGCUCUGACUAGCCUUUCCCCACCGCCCUCCGGGGAGGGCGGAUCCCGGCCUCCUUGCAGCCUGCCCCGCCUCCUCCCCCGGCCGCUCGAGCAGCGCAGGCGCAGCGGGCGCGGCCGGGAGGCUGAGGGCGAGCCCAGCAACCUCCGCCUAGCACUCCUUCCGCGGCUUCUGCGCUGAACUUGUCGGCGGCGACGCGGGCAGCACCGGGCUGGGGGCCCGCGGGCGGCGCGUUGCCAUGGGCUCGGGCUGGAGCAGCGAGGAGGAGCGGCAGCCGCUGCUAGGGUCCGGGCUCGGCCCUGGGCCGGGGGCUGCCCGGAGAAGCCAGGAAGCGGCGGCGGCGCUGCCCGAGGCGGCCCCGGGUCCCGGGCGGGUGUACGGGCGCCGCUGGCUGGUGCUGCUCCUCUUCUCGCUGCUGGGGUUCGCGCAGGGCCUGGUGUGGAACACCUGGGGCCCCAUCCAGAACUCGGCGCGCCAGGCCUACGGUUUCUCCAGCUGGGACAUCGCUCUGCUCGUGCUUUGGGGGCCCAUUGGCUUCCUGCCCUGCUUUGCCUUCAUGUGGCUCCUGGACAAGAGAGGUCUUCGGGUAACUGUGCUUCUGACAUCCUUCCUUAUGGUUUUGGGAACUGGUCUAAGAUGUGUACCUGUGUCAGACUUAAUGCUUAAAAGAAGAUUAAUUCAUGGAGGACAGAUGUUGAAUGGAUUGGCAGGCCCAACUGUAAUGAAUGCAGCACCGUUCCUUUCCACGACGUGGUUUUCUGCAGAUGAACGGGCCACUGCCACAGCAAUUGCAUCAAUGCUCAGUUAUCUUGGUGGAGCUUGUGCAUUUUUAGUUGGACCACUUGUUGUUCCAGCUCCCAAUGGGACAUCACCUCUUCUUGCUUCAGAGAAUAGCAGGGCUCAUAUUAAAGAUCUCAUAGAGACUGUAUUAUAUGCAGAAUUUGGAGUUGUCUGCUUAAUAUUUUCUGCAACACUAGCUUAUUUCCCACCCCGGCCUCCUCUUCCUCCCAGUGUUGCUGCAGCUAGCCAGAGGCUGAGUUAUCGGAGGAGCUUUUGUAGAUUGUUAAGCAACUUGAGAUUUUUGAUGAUUGCUUUAGCAUAUGCCAUACCACUUGGUGUAUUUGCUGGCUGGUCUGGAGUUCUGGACUUGAUUUUAACACCAGUGCAUGUCAGCCAAGUCGAUGCUGGCUGGAUUGGAUUUUGGUCUAUAGUUGGAGGCUGUGUUGUUGGAAUAGCUAUGGCAAGGUUUGCAGAUUUUAUCAGGGGCAUGCUGAAACUAAUUCUUCUCCUCCUGUUUUCCGGGGCUACAUUAUCAUCCACAUGGUUCACCCUGAGCUGUCUGAACAGCAUCACACACCUGCCUUUAACCACAGUGACAUUGUAUGCCUCCUGCAUUCUCCUGGGAGUGUUCUUAAAUAGCACCAUACCUAUAUUUUUUGAGCUUUUUGUGGAAACUGUCUACCCUGUUCCAGAAGGAAUUACUUGUGGAGUUGUCACUUUUUUAAGUAAUAUAUUCAUGGGAGUACUUUUAUUUUUCCUCACAUUUUAUCAUACAGAGUUGUCUUGGUUCAACUGGUGCCUUCCCGGGUCAUGUUUGCUCAGUCUCCUCCUCAUUCUGUGCUUCAGGGAAUCCUAUGACAGACUCUAUCUUGACGUGGUUGUCUCAGUUUAACAGCACAGACUUGGAGGAGUUAAAGGAGGCUGGAAGUCAAUACUGCACACUGCACAUUUGCUUGGAGUUGCACAUCUAACGGGAAGAAAAGGAGAAGAAACUUCAUUCAGAGGUUUUGUUAGGUUACAGAUUACCACAUUAAUUUAAUUACUACAAGGGAAUGAUUAUAGGGGGCUUGAGUGGUGAUAGGGGACUUUAAAACUCCACAAGUGGCAUACUAGUGCCUGAUUCUGGAGUUGGAAGGAUGACGUCUUACCCUAAAGCAUUAAUCCCCUCCAUGUUUCGUGCCAGUGCUAAACUACUGAUUACUUGUAAUUAUGAAAAGAAAACAAGGGUGUCUUAUCACAAGAAGAUAACCCCUACCCUAAGUCACGUAUCAAAAUAGGAAUAAAUGCCACUAACUUCUAAAGAAGUUCAAAUCCUGAAUCAGAUUUUAAUUAUAAAAUAGCCAAGAGAUAUAUUAAUAAUAGAAAUUAGCCUUGUGUACACUACAUUUUUUUCUAAUAAAGCCAUUUCCUAUAUGACUCCUUAUCUUUGAUCAGGUCAGAAGCCUUUGGCGAUCUUUAUUACGGUGAGCAAGUGCUUUCCAGUGACUGCAGAGCACAGGCACUGUGCCUCCCUCUCAGCUUAUCUUUGUUUCUGUGAAAUACAGUUUCACCUACUAGGCCCUUAAAUAAUGAUAUUAAGGGUGACUAAAUGUUUAAUAUAGUUGCAUUAAUUGUUGUAUGAAAAGUGUAAUUUCAUUAGGGUUUAGCUCUUUGUUAAAAGUAAAAUGGCAAAUCGCACAGAACAUACAGUGUCUUCUGUUUACACACAGUGGCAUGAGUUGUAAGGUCCAGAGCCCUUAUUUACCAGGGUUAGAUUUUGUUAAAUGACCUUUGUGUGAAGUUAACAAUUUAUAACAUUGAAACUUUCAAAUCCGUUGAUUGAUUUCUAAGUUACAUCCUUGAAUUUAAAUUUAGGUUGUAAAAUACUCGAUUGCACGUGGUGUCACUGUAUGUGAGGGGGCAGCAUUUUGCCAGUAUCUGUUUUCUUUCUACAGAUGAUAGCUUUCUUAAAAAUAGCAAUUCCUUUUUGGAUGGCUCUCAGACAGGUAUUUCAUUAUGACAUAAGAUACGCUGCAGCGGGAGUAUGAUAUCACCACUCUUCACAUUUAUAUAUUACAAUUUCCUUCACACAGAAAAAUCAUUCUCCCCAAAAGCCACUAUUACUUUACCUUUAUUAUUCUCAGCACCCUCCAGUCCCCCUCCUUUUUUCCUCCCUUGAAAUUGUAUCUUCAUUGUCAGCUAAUUAUGUAUUGUCUUUUUCUGGAGAGACAAAGAGCAGGCCAGCUGAUGUUGGCCAAGGUGGCCAAGUACAGCUGAGGAAAGCUGGUCAGCACAUAUUUCUGCUCAUCCCCGUGUGCGGGCACACCACCACCUACGGCACCCCGACUCCCAGGUGCUAGGCUAUGCAUUAACUCGCCUCCAUUCUACAGAAGGAUUCCAGUACUGCCUAUGUCUUCUAAGACCCUAGGUUAUGAAACUAGGAAAGUAGAAACCCCUCAAAUGUGCAUGUGUCUUAGUCAUUUUCAAGUCGUCUUCCUUUAUAAUCACCCUGCUCACUCACCAGAAACAACUAAAGAAACUCAGUUAACUUGCUAAAGAGAAUAAGAAAAACCUAUAAAAGCUAGGCUUAGUUCCAGUUAACUCUUAUCAUUCUUCUUAAAGAAAAGUGAAAUAAAAGGAAGGCAUAACUCUUGAAGAUGAUUGAAACCAGCCACUAAAGGUAUCUGUGCACGACUACUACCCCUUUCUGUUUAGGAAGAACAUAGAAAAGAAAGGGAAGAAUCAUGAGGUAUUUGGUUUUAGUUGGGACAAUUGUGUUUUGAGAUAUUGCUGUAUAAAAUUCUACUAUAAGAGUUCUGUUGUAGAACGUUUUAAUCAUGGUUAACCCUGCAUUUUGUAAAAGAGACAGGGUCUUGCUAUGUUGCCCAGGCUGGACCCCAACUCUCGGGUUCAAGUGAUCCUCCUACUUCAACCUCCCAAGUAACUGGGGCUACAGGUACACAACACUGUGCCUGGCUUAAUUCCACUUUUAACACAAAAUAAUACUUUAAAAGUAGCUCCUAAAUGACUUUUUAAAUUAGUUCCAAACAUCCCAAAUGGGAGUAAUGAAAAAUUCUUGCAGUGUGCUGGGCACCAAUUCUUAUUUUUAAUAAAAUACAUAAGAAGCAAUCCAUUCCCCCUAUUUCAUUAGUAUCCACUUACCCCUCCAGCAGAUAAUUGUUCUAAUCACAAACUGCAGCCAUUUUAAGCAAUCAGAAUUUCAUAUACCACACCUAAUAGGAAGGGAACCAAAGGGCUUCGGGGUGGGGGGAAGAUUACACAUCACUUACUUGAAUAUUGCAAAUGAUAUUUUCUUAAUUUCUAGCAUGCUUCAAAACAGACCAGCUGUCAUCUUUGCAUUUUAUAAACAAAUAUUAUAGAAUCCAAAUGAAAUCUUAUAGCUGAAAUAAAUCUUAACCCUUCACUAUUCAAGCCUUCAUUUUAGAAUUUGUAGAAACAAUCACAAGAGGUGAAGUACGUUGCCAAAGGUCACAAUCCUAGCUAGUGGCAAAAGUGGAACAAGGACCCACAUUUUCUGAUUCUCAAACCAUUUGUUUUCCUUAUCUCACAGAAUUACAGCUUAAUUCAGACCAUUUUGGGUAUUCAUGAAUACUCUUCAUAUUCAAACAUGAUGGGGCUUAAGAGUAAGCUCCCGUUAUUGAGUAGAGGAAGAACAGGGCUUAAAUGGAGGUGAUUAUUUAUUUUGUAAAUAAAAUUAUUCUAUUUCUUCAUCACUAUCCUGUAGAUGCCCUGAAAUCUCUUAAUACUCAGCUUGCAGUGACAUAAUGUAAAAAAGAUUCUGAUGAAUAAUUCAGUUCUCAUAAACCAAGUCAACAGCAUUAUUAAUUGGUAAGAACAUGUUGUAAGUUCCCCACGGCUUAUCAAUUAAUACUUCACAGUUUAUGGGAAGAAGCAUUUUUUAAUAUAAUCCAUGGUGGAGGUAUAGGAACAAGACAAUUGCAGACACAAAUGUAUUUCACUAGAGGAUGGAGCUAAUAACAAGAGAGAAUCAAACACAAAUGUAAUUUUGUAUAUUUAAGCAUGUAUGGCCUAAGGGCCAAGUUUAUUCAUAGAUCAUGUAUUUGUGUUUAAUUACUGAGAUGUUUACCGCUUGUUUUGUGAAACCUUUCUAAUGAGGGAUCCAAGCUAAGGGAUUUUAAAUUGAAGAGAUUAAAUUCCCAUCUACUUAUCUUUUAAUUAGAUUUUUUUACUAUUAUUUUUACUAAAAUUUAGGCAUUCAUCUUAACUAUGUAAGUACAAGCUUCAUUUUAGACUCAAGAUUGAAUUAAAAACAGCAAAUUUGCUUUAAAGUUAAAAAUCUCAUUCAGUUUUACAUUUGUCCCUGAAAUAAGUACAGGAACUAAUAUGGUUAUACCAUAUUAUCAAGCAAAUGCAAAAGCUGUGAUAGGAAGAAAAUGUCCUAUUAAAAAAGAAAUAUAGAAAACUAUGAGAAUAUUUGAUCAGACCUAUUUUAUACAUAUUGGAAAAACAUACAAUUCUACUUUAAUUUGUAAUUAUGUAUUAGGGAACAAGAUUUAAGUUAUUUCUCUAUAGUCCAACAGUUUGCUAGUCUGUGAGGCGAUGCAAGCAGUGCUCAGAGGGAAAGAGUUGUGCCAAGUUGUGACACUGAGGGUGUCACCUCUGGCCGGAGGAUGGGAGUGAUACAGGCAGGCACAUAGCCCUAAAUCUUUCUGAUUUUAAUUUUUUCUUGGUCGGGACUAAAACAGCACCAGCUCCUUGUUUUGCUUUAUGGUUUUCUGAGGCUCUGACUCAUCCUUAUUGCCUGGUAGCUUUCUAAAUCCUUGGAUGAAUAUGACUGCAGCUCCAUACCCGAGACCCUCUGUUUCCUUGAACUGACCUCAUCCCCUCGCUGGUCUUAUUCCUAAGUAGUAAAUAAGGUCAUAUGCCUAGACUUCCUUCUCCCCAACAGGACACCAGCACCAUCAGAACAUAAGUGAAUUUAACAGUUCUUCUCACAGCUAAGCCUCAUAAGUUAGAAUAUUUCCUUGAAAUAUGAAUUUCAAAGGCCUCUAGCCAGUUUCUGUAGUUGGAAGUUUAGAAUAUGAGUUAGUCCUUAGAACCUGGUAGACCUCAAACAAUAGCUUUCUAUCUUAGCCCACUCUUAAAAAGAGACAUCAAAAAGUUACCCCAGCUCCAGCUGUGCAUUCAACAAAGGAGGACUAAAAAAAUUUUACAUAGCUGAAAAAAUGAAACAAAGCAUAGGAUUAGCAUAAAAUUGAUUUCAGUAACUUUGUGAUAAAAUGAUAAAAACGUAUCAAAUCAACUUAGCUCUAAAUAUGCUUUCCAGACUUAGGACGCUGUAAGGCUUGGGACUCCAAAGGGGAUACUGGAAAAUCAACCCCAACUUCACAGUACUCUUCAGGUUCUUCUAAAGUAUAAAGGAGGCUUCUGCAUGCUUGAACAAAAUGGCAAGGAUAACUCAGAGAUACUUUGAGUUUAUCUUAAUAUUAGAAAGAAAUACUUUGUCAGAUUCCUGUUUACCCAGAUGGAACAUAGAAUCAAAGAGGUUAUCUGAUUCAACUACAUCAUUUUACAGAUAGGAAACACACAUGUUUGAGUUUAAAAACAUGUUGAAUAUAGGUUUUAGCAGGUCCCUCAGCUCCUCGACCAGCAUUCUCUCUAUGGAUGAUCAAUAUGUUACCCAAAGUAAAUAUUUUUUUCAUUUAUAUUUUAGCGUUUUGAAAAUUAUAUAAGAAAUUCAUGAAUAUGGUACCCAUUAAAAAAUAGUACAUGAAUAUAAAGUGAAGUCUACCUCCACACAAACAUGUCUAAUCCAUUCUCUCCAGAGGGAAUCAUGUAUCCUUUUGGAAACUUACCUAUGCAUUUACAUAUAUAUGUGUAAAAGCUUGGGAAUUUAAAAAUGAGUCAUCUGAGGGACUGUUUCUUGGACUGUGUUGGCAUAAACUUUAUGAGCAGAAGCAGGAGUUUCUGAGAUGGUUAUUUCCCUGCCAGAUGAGUCUUAUCAAAUGUAGCACACUGUGGUUACAUAGACAUUUCGCAGACCUGGUUAUGUACCAUCAAGCUCCAUCAUCCUCUGGCAUUUCAAAGUGAGUUCUAGUGUGCACUAUUCUGUUUUCUUAACAGUAUCUAUUUUUAGACCCAUCAACUAAGCUCCCCAUGCUAUGAGAGAAGAAAGUGAAUGGCCCACCCCCAAAAUCCAAAUAGAUCCUCUUAACAGGGCUUUCCUGGACCCCUCAUCUCUGCAGAGGCACACAAUAUUAUAGAAAACAAAAAGUCAACAGAAUAAGCUUGUGGCAAUUCUAAUUUUUACAAAAUAAUAGCUAAUGGAGAUUCCUAGUAAUCCUUAAUAUUUUUCUGCUUCCUUUGUUGGCCUAACUUUCAAGCUGCCAGUAUCACUGAUGGACUGUAGCGGGGCAGGGACUUAGCUUCUUUCCGGUCCUGUUGCCCACCCAUGACCUUUCUGGUCAUGUCUUCUUAUUUCUGACCAUGCUUAGAAGCAGACUGUGAAACCCAGGUUUCCUGAGUUGCCAGCACAAGAGAAGAGCUGGCCAGGCGGUUUCACUGUAGGCUGGACUGGAGAGGACAUGGAGAAAGAGCACUGGCCCAGGAGCCCGAGGGCCUGGUUCCUCCCACGCCUGGUGACUUCAGCUGUUUGACUUUGAGCAAGUUACUUUAUGUCUUAUGUAUCCACAUCUCUAAAGUGAGGGAGUGAAAAAAGAAACCAUUCCUGGGUUUCUACCAGAAAUUCCAGUUCCUUCUUAAGAAUUAUAAUAGAAAAUGACCGACAUGCAGUCUGUAAAACGAAUGCGUUUGCUGGCACUUUCCUGUUUGCCGUUGUGCAGUGGCCCUCUGAUGAGCUCUGCAUGUGAACUGUCACACUGCAUACAGGUUCAACACGAAGAAAUGGCUUUUUCAGCAUCCGUGCUGCAGGUGCUGUUCAUUUUCCCAAAGGACUUUGUAUAUGAAAUGCAGAGUUUAUUAAAUUUAUCAAAUGCAAUAAGAGAAGAUCUGUCAUCUGAGACAGCAUUCUGAGAGCUGGGUCAGAGUACUGCAUUUGCUCACCAGAACCAGAUCAAACCAGACACCAGUUCUUUGGUUCAUUUUGAUUCAUCAUGAGGUUUGUACCUAUAGAAAUCAAACUGUCAGGUCAGACAGUAAAGCCAGUCUUAGAUCUCUAGUUAUGGCAUCAAAGAAUUGUAAGUCACUUUACAAGGAUGUCCUCUCUGCAUGGCUACAUCCUUCCAGUAGACUGUGCAGAGUGAGAAUAUAGUCACCAUCUCAAAGCAGUGAUAUACACACAGAUGUUGGUAAACAAGGCUUCAUUGUGACUAUAACACAGGGAUAAACGUUGUCAGAGGCUGGACAACUUUUAUACCUGUGUUAUAGUUACAAUGACUCAUACCUGUACUCCUAGCACUCUAAGAAGCUGAGGCUGGAGGGUUGCUUAUUGCUUGGGCCAGGACUUCAAGACUAGCCGGAGCAAGAGUGUGACCCCAUCUGUACAAAAAAUAGAAAAAUUAGCCAGGCAUGGUGGCACACACCUGUAGUCCCAUACUCCCAGCUACUCAAGAGGCUGAGGCAGGAGAUAUCACUUGAGCCCAGGAGUUUGAGGUUGCAGUGAGCUAUGAUGACACCACUGCACUCUAGCCCAGGCAAUAGAGCAAGGAGUGGGGGGGGAAAAAGCUGUCUGAGAAAUGAACCACAAGUGCAGCCUGGGAGUUAGGAGACCUGGGUAUCUCUUCUUUAGCACAGCUACUGAGCCCCCUCUGUGCCUUGAACAAGUCACCUGUUCUGUCAGUUUUGGCUUCCCCACUUCUAAAAUAAGAGUGGAUAAAAUAAGAUGUCAGAGUAGAUGUUACUUUCUGGUGAAAAGUUUUACAGUCUCUGAUCUACACCUACUGGUCACAUACAACAGAAAGUAGAAAACAGCCAGUGCUCCCAGUUCAUACAUUAUCUUUUCGUAUCAGUGAGGAACUUAUACAAGCUCCUAUUCAUGAUGUGUUGUAGGUGCCAGGCAAUUACAGACACUCGGACUGUUAUCAAUCCUUUAUUCUUUCAUUCAUGUGAGCUCUCAUUCAUUCUGUACGCAGGUGUAUGUCUGUAAAAGAGAAUCAGAAGAACAAAAGAUGUUUCUGCCCUUCAGGGCCUUCUAGAAAGAUUAAAAAACAAAUACUAUUCUGAACUAACAAUUACCAAGAAAUAACGACAGUUUCCUAAAUACUUAAUUAUGCCUAGCAGGAGCCCACAUAUUUUUCUCGUGUCGUCAUGAACUACAAUUCAUUCCAAGAAAAGGAUAUUCUUUUCUACUGACAUUCCCAUCAUGGUGGGACUUGGAUCUGUCUGGGGGCAGGGAAUCAAUUUUGGCAUGAGGAAUCCCAAACCCUACCAUCAUUCCAUGGCUGUGGAAUGGGUUGUUAUUCCUCUGGAAAGUGGGAAUGUUGUUGCCACCCCCAACUCCCCCUUAAGACAGAAUUUAUCAAAUGCACACUAAGAUGGACGUGCUCACAAGGCUUUGUCAGUUUCCUCUCUUUCCUUUCUAAAGGAAAUUUAAAUUUUAACAAAGAAUAAAGACUAAAUACCAAAAGGAGGUAUUUCUCAUGAUAGGAUUUGAGAUAUCAGCCAGCUGGGUAGAGAAGGGAUACUUUGGGGGUUGGAGACUGAGAAGCGCCUCAGGUCUCCACUUGUGAGUAAACAAACCUAAGCUACUCUCAGUGCCUUGCUGGUGAAGUCCCAGCCUCCUAAGCCUUUGCAGAAACGCAGAGAAUGCUAAAAACAGCAGGUUUUGGUUCCUGCCUAUGAUUUCAUUUACGACCAAUCCUCACAAUUCCAAAUGUACUUCCCUCCCCUACCAGAUAUGUGUUAUUUUGGAGGCUUAUGAAAAUUAAGUAUUAGGAAAAGUCUGCCUCUGUUCUACUAAAUUGCAUCCACAGGUCCCAAACAAAAUCGGUUCUGUGGCCUGCACCCAUAACUACCUAUUUCUGUGAAGGUCUGUGACUCAGAGAGUACCUGGAAAAAGGCACAAGAGGUGACUGAUUCCACCUUACCUGCUUGCUGCAGGGAGGACGGGGCCUGCUCUGGGUGUGCGUGUUACGGUGCUCAGUUCCUUCUUAGCCCUUCCUCGAAUUCACUAAUUGACUUCGUGCUGCUCUUCCUGAUCAAUAAGUUAUUGCUGAGAAAUUGUUUUAGUAAGUCACGUGUCUCCAGUAGAGCCGUCCCUGCCCUGCUUGCCCCACUGUCCUUUGGGCUUUGGGCCCAGGAUCCUUGCUCCUUGUCCCAAAGAACCCCCACCCCAAGCCCUCUUCUCCUCUUUUCCUGAUUGCACUUGACCUUUCCAGGGAGGUGGCGGGAGUGAAGGGGGAAUCAAUUGAUAUAUUAACCCUAAUAUAAAUAUGUCACCCUUUUCUAUUUCAGAGAAGCUCCUUCAUAUUUAUAUAUACAUAAUAUAUGUAUGUGUGUGUGAUAUAUAGUUUGUUUGUUUUUUUUCCUAAGCUUAAUAGAGACUGCCCAGUGGCAGGAAACUCCAUGCUGCGUUCUGGUAGCUGUAAUUGUUCUUCCAUCUAAUGGGGGAGAAGAUUACUCUAAUGAACCAGCUACUGAUUCCCUUACCUAUUCUCUCUUAUUUUAUCAAUAUUCCUUUAUCAGAAAAUUCUUUAUUAUCUAGAUAGGUCCUGAAGUUUAGUUCACUUUUUACAAAAAAACUUUAAUUUUUCUUAGAAAAAUAGUCUUAUCUUACAGCAGAGUGUGAUCUUCCUCCUGCUUUAUAAUGCAGUCUGAACAUAAUGGAGCACUAAAAUAGGCAUGGAUUCCAUCACAGCCAAUAUUAAAUGCUGGGAGAUGCACAUCAUAUAAAGGUUUUAAAAAAAAAAAAAAUGCUUCCUGCUGGCCACUGAGCUAGGCACUGAGGAUACAGAAACAAAAGAAACCAUCUUGGCCUUCUGCUUUUCAUUCCAAGGAGUCAAUUCAUAAAAGCGAAUAAUUCAAAGCCAGCAAUACCCCUCAAAGGGCUGUGGAAGGCUUCGGAGCUCAUCUCUACAGCUGUUUUCCUUCCUGUAUGGGAUCUUAACUCUCUUUGGAAAAUAUGUUUUAAAUCCUGUUUUCUUAAGCUGUGGAGAAUCCCUGCUGUCUCUAAACAAUGUGUAAGUUAUGUACGAUCUUCAGAGAGGAAAAUAUGUCCCUGGACAGCCUUUGAAGGGAAAGGCAGAGAAAUCUGUUUUGAUGGCUUGAAAGUCAGUUUUUAGGGAAAGCUAAUAAGCUUCCAAAGUUUUCAGAUCUGCCAGCAGUGUUCAUUCAGGCCUGGAAUUAGGCCAAGAGAAGAGCUUUCCAGCAAAGGCAGCACAGGAACCCUGUAAGGAGAUCUGUGAGACCAUAGUAGGAGAACAUUAAAGUAUAAGCCAGGCCUGGGGACGUAUUUGUUAAUGUGUCUGCUGAGCCAAAGUGCAGGAGGAGUCUUGGAGGCUUGGAGUGAUGGUGGAGGCAGGUUCUGGAAAGCAGAAGCCCCGAACUGGCUCAUUGUCACUGAGUCAUCUGGCCCAGCCUCCUGCCUUCUACGUGGGGCUUGCAGAGUGUCUGGCCAAAUGGUGUUUCAACUCCCGUGGGGCGGGGAUUCUACACCCUCCCUUUGUCAUCUGUUCCAGAGCCUCUCUCCCUUACAUUUUGCAAAUUCUUCCUUUUAAAGAAUAGAGGUGAGAGAGAGGGGUCAAGAAAUAGUGCCAGAGGGGAUAAGCAGAACAAACUAGAGCAAAGGACCCCAGAACAAAGGAAUUGUAGAGUUGGAGGUGUGGAAACAGCCUCCACACUUCACACUUACUCCUCUUAAAUAUGAGCAGCUGACUGCAAGGCCUGUGGGACUCAAGAAGGUGGAACCAGCCAUCUGGGGCCCCUGUCUGGCGUAAUGGAGGUUCCUGUUCGGCUCCCAGAGAGCAGUGUGAAUGUAGACACCCACCACCACCCCAGAGGAGCUGUGUUUCAUUCAGAAGUCUUUAACUUUUACAAUCCCCCCUCCCGAGGCCUAUUGGAUGAUCGAAGGCCUGCCUUCAGUACCCACUUUGCUGUUUCAUGCACUCUACCAGAGUUACUACUUUCCAUGCCAAUUCUUGGAUACAAAAAAAAAAAAUCUUACAUAGUCUGAGGGGAUUGAGAUGCAAGUAAAGUUACUGUCUCUUACCCCAUCCACACUUUUCCAUCUGCCUCCAUCCUCUGUCACACCCCUAAAAGCUAGGCAGAAAGCCUGUCCAACCAGAAAUCCCUCUCCAAAGCCCAAGCACUUUAUUGUUCUCCCUCUCUGUUUCCAAGCUGUGGUAUACACGUAUUGACCUAAUUUAAUGGCAUGAGUUAUCUGGUUUCAUGGUCUGCACACAUUACAGUCAGGGCAGGAGGCAAACUGUAGAGGUAGGGUUGGUGCAGAAGCCAGGGGCAGAGGCCUCUGCUGGUGAGGGGGAGCCCGCAGCACUGCACCCUGGGGCUCCUAGCACACCCCUUGAAUUCCUCUGUCUCUUCCCUGGGCCUUGGGCCUUGAGUAUGAUUCCAAUUCAUCCCUCCCCCAUUCCCUCUUUCCAGUCCCAGGCUACACUGACACUCCAGACUCCUUUUCAGUCUGUAGAACGAUGUCCUUUUCUGUUUCGGAUCUGAGUCCAUCUUGGAAUUUGUUUUUGGCUGAAAUGGCCGCAGUUGAACCCUCUGCCAGAGGGAAAUAGUACUCCAGCAGGCUGCUGUAGACAUCCUGCCAGUGGAGAUCGAGUAAGAGUGAGUCAAGACAAGACUGUCCCAGAUGGCCUGACUUUAAAAUAGCAACACCCAGAUACGGGUUGUACACAGGUUCACUGAGGGCAGGUGCUCUCAUGUGACACUCAUGUGCCUGGAUAAGCUUUCUUCUCCAGCACAAUAGAUGAUGCAGAUGGGAACGAUGCAGGGGUCAGGGGAGCCUAAACCUGCUCACACUAAGACUUGAUGCUGGGGCAUGUGCACAGCUCUGUCGCCUGCAGGUCUAUGCAACAGUCAGAGCAGAAAUGUAUGGUGAGCUCCCCUCUGAAGCGCAUCACACCUAUGAAGUGUUCUGUGCAUUUUUAAAUAAUUCUUACCAUGUAAAGAUUGUAUUACAUUUUAAUAAAAUUCUUUUGCAUUUUACUUUUGUAAUAUUUGGGAUUUUAUAGAUUUUUAUUUUAUGGCCAAGUAUACUUUUGUAAGGAAAUGUUGAAGUCUUGAGUAUUUUUAUUCUUUUAAAAAACUAUAGUUAAUGUCAACUGUAAGCACUGAUAAAUAUUAUUCAUGUGCAAUUUUCCUUCUUUCUAAUCCGGACUUUUUAAGAAACUGUGUUUUGGCAUAGCGUUUUAUUUGAAGUGCUGCUUCGUUUUACACAUUGUGAAUACUGAAGAUUGUGAAAAAUAAAGAUGCAUUUACAAUCUCUGUGCUGUUACAUUGUAGAAAUGGUAAUGUGCAUUGCUUUGCCAAAGUGGUAAUUAAAUGUUUAAUGGUUUAGAACUCCUAGUUCAGAAUAGGGCUUCUAGUCAUCGCUCACGGAGCAUGAGCUUCCAAAUAAGCCUCUGUUUCUUUGGAAAACUCACUUCAGCAUGGCGAUCUCCCGUUCUGUUAGGAAAUACGGUUAUGUUGACGUUAUGGUGACUGUGCUUGUGGUUUUGCAAUAAAUGUGUAUUGAAAGCA